AUGUUAGCUUAUUUACAAAAAAGAACUAAACGGCCUAGAAAAAGAUAUUACCAGCCUGUAGGAAUUAAAGAUUUUUUGACCGAAUGUAGUAAUUUAAAGUUGAAUAAACUCGGUGUAGAAGUCGAUUGGGCAAGUUUAAUACAAGAGUAUUCAUUAAGAGAACAAAGUAAAGAAGAAGAAAUUUAUGUUAAUGAGGAAGGGAAUGACAAGUCUCAAAAUGAAUUGAAUAAUAGUGAUGUUAAUCAAAUAGAGACACAAUUAAAAUUAUUAGGCAUUCAAUGUGAAACGACACCUAGAAAUAAUUUAAUUACAAUUGGUUUAAUAGGACAUCCAAAUGUUGGAAAAAGUAGCUUUAUAAAUAGUUUUAUGGGUAAAACUGUUGUAAGCACUUCAAGAACUCCAGUUUUUCCAAGUCUAUUAUCAAAACAAAUCCAGAUUUUAUGUGGACUAUAUCCAAUUUCACAAGUUCAAGAACCUUAUAGUUCUAUUAAAUAUUUGGCAGAAAGAAUUCGCUUAGAGAAUAUAUUGAAAAUUCAACCCCCUGAAACAAAAAAUGAGUAUAAAUGGUCUGCAUGGGAUAUUUGUGAAGCAUUUGCUAUUAAACGAGGCUUCUAUAGUGGAAAAUCUGCAAGGCCAGAUUCUUAUCGUGCUGCAAAUGCAAUAUUGCGAUUGGUUAUCGAUGGUCGUAUUUUGCUUUCUUUUAAGCCUCCUGGUUUUUAUAACCUACAAAAAUAA